AAUACUGUACAAAAGAUGAUUGUCGGUUGGAUUAUGAAAAAUUUAAAUUCUUUGAAAUUCCUUCUAAUAAUAUUUACAAUCAACUAUAAACACCCUUACUAUAGUCAUUAUUAGUAAAGCAAUUAAUAAAAUAAGUAGUUGUUACCUUAUUAUCAAACAAGUUCACACAAUAAAACAAAUAUUUACUUUUAGGUCAAGUAUAGUAUAGUUCAUAUUUGACUUAUGAACCAAGGUUAUGAUAGUGUGAAUUCCAUUCUGUGUGUGGUUGCUAUAGCGAUGGGCAUGAAAACAAAACUUUCUUAACUCAUUACUUACAUGAACUCAUUAUAUUAAGCAAGACAUUUAUCAUAUUAACUUUUACAUUAUUGUAACAGAAUGUAUAUAAACAGUUGCCACUUCAGUGUACAACAAUUAACAUUCCUAUUUCAAUGAAUACCACAUAUUUACUUCAAUGCUGUGAUUACAAAGUCUGAUAAACCUUCUCUCAGUAUUUUUGUUAAAUGAAUUGUACAAUUCUGGGAUUUGUUAAAACACAAUGUCUGACAGUGAAGAGGAAGAAGUACAAAACAGAACAGUCAAGAUUACUGUGGUGGGUGAACCUGCUACUGGAAAAAGCAGCUUGUGCUCGCGGUACCUUGGCGGCGGUGGCGGUGGCGCGGGGACAGGGAGCGGUGGCACGCUGGGCGCGGAGGUGGUGGCGGGGCAGUGCGCGGGGCUGCGGCCGCCCGUCCCGCUGCAGCUGUGCGACGUGGCCGGCAACGCACUCGCCACCGCCAUGCUCGCUAACUACUUGUACGCUUCUGAUGUAGUCUUGUUCGUUUAUGACUUAACCAAUCUCCAAAGCUUCGAGAGACUCCAAACAUGGUUCGUCAAAGUGCGCGAGAUAUUCGAGCCUGAAAUGAAGAAGCCUGUAAUGGCUCUCUUUGGCAACAAGUCAGACUUGGAACACCAGAGGGCGGUCAGGCUCUCUGUCGUACAGAAAUUCGCCUCCGAACACUUACUAGAAAACUAUAAGGGAUCUGCCAGGACUGGAGAAAUGGUGAAUAGCGCAUUUACGAACCUAGUAGCUCGAGUGCUAGGUAUGAAAGUGCGGGUGCUGCCCACCGCGACCAACGGCAAGUCGCCGCCGCCGCGAGAGCCCGAAGUCAACGGCAGAGUCACCUUAGAGCCCUCACAUUCCCUUAUCAUGAACAGAAAGGCUCUCCGACGGAUCCAGAGGAAAGCCUCCUCUUCCGUUUGUUGUAUACAAUAAUAAAAAUCUCUAAUUUUGA